GCCUUUCUCGGCUGUCAGAAGGAGAGACUCACCCCGGCCGCAGGCAGUAGAUACGCGGUUGUUUAUAAUUUAUUCUUUUUUUUUUUUUUUUUAUUGGAAACCGAGGAGCAUAUCCUUACAAACAUGGUGGUGGUAGCAGCAGCGAGCGGGGGCGCCCACAAACUGCUCCUGAUCUCCGGGAAGCAGAGCGGCGGCCGCCCCAUCUCGGUCGUCCUGCCGUCCGCCUCCAGCCAGGCGUCGUCCGACUCGGAGUCGAGCACCUCGGCGGGGCCGCCGGUGCGCAAAAGGCAGCGGCUCACACACUUGAGCCCCGAGGAGAAAGCCUUAAGAAGGAAACUGAAAAACAGAGUUGCAGCCCAGACUGCUCGAGACAGAAAAAAAGCCAAAAUGGGUGAACUGGAACAGCAGGUCCUGGAGUUGGAACUAGAGAACCAAAAACUUCAUAUCGAGAACCGCCUCCUCUGGGAAAAAAACAAAGGACUGCUGACAGAAAACGUUGAACUAAAGCAAAGACUUGGGUUGCACACCCUCGACACAAAGGAGAAGGUUCAGGUGAUGGUGUCCGGUGGGAAUGAAGCAGGUUUGGGAAUCGGGUCUUCUGAGUCCGCAGCACUCAGGCUACGUGUGUCUGCAGCAGGUGCAGACCCAGCAAUUCCAAAACCUGAAGACUUCUCAGUGGAUACAGAUAGUCCUGACGCUGCAGACAAUGAGUCUGAUCUGCUCUUGGGCAUUCUGGACAUCCUUGACCCGGAGCUAUUCCUUAAGUCAUGCGAGCAGGAGUUCAAGGAGCCACCGGUGCUUCUUGUCGGCGGAGGGGACCCAGUACCUGCCGCCGCCCCUGCACCUCUGGGGACCCCAUCAAUUAAGCUGGAGGCCCUUAAUGGACUGAUCCACUUGGAUCACAUUUACACCAAGCCGGCAGAGGUGGCCAUGGAAGACUGCGAGGAGAGCAGCGACGACGACGACGACAGCGUGAUGGCUUCCUUCCCUGUCGCCGAGGUAGUGGUCGAGGAGGACGAGGAGGAUGUCUGCGUUAAAGAUGAGCCGGAGGAAGUGGUCAUCCCCACAAAGAUGGAUGACUUCCUCUGCAUAGCUACUGCCACCUCUUCCACUUUGCCCGCCAUCAGCGGCCUGGACAAGGAAGCCUGCCUGGGGGACAACUACAGCGACUCUGGAUACGAGGGCUCCCCAUCCCCCUUCAGUGACAUGUCGUCCCCACUGUGCUCCGAGAACGCCUGGGACGACAUCUUUGCCAGCGAACUCUUCCCCCAGCUCAUUAGUGUCUGAACAAGCUCACAGCUUAUAUAUAUAUAUAUAUAUAUAUACAUAUACAUAUAUAUAUAUAUAUAUACAUAUAUACACACACACACACACACACACACACAGAGAGACGCGCUAAUAGGCUGGCUAAGCACACGAUCUCCUUUUCACUUUACAGCAGGUCUGUAGUGCUUGCCAUGCUCCAAUGCCUCAUGGGAGAUGGAGUUCAAGAUUGCUAAUACAGUAUUGAAAAAGUGGGGAAGGGAGAAGAGAGGGAAUGUCAUUUAAAUUUGAAAUAUUAAUUGUGUAUUGUGCUUCUGGGUCACUGUAUGUCUGCAUGUACGUAAACAAGCUUCUAAAUGUUAGCUGCUCUCCUUGUAGUCUUAAUUACUGCAUUAAAAAAACUUUGCUUUGCA